GCCGGCUCCAGCUCGCCUCCUUGACGUCAUGUCUGUGCCGAGGCUCCGGCAGGCGCAGUGGAGGCAGCAGGCAGCGUGUUAAACUUUCACAGCGAGUCCGGCGUUCUCGCAGCGCCGUGCGAGAGCGGGGAGCUGCGUGCAGCCGCAGCUGGAACAUCUGGAAGCGUUCAGGGUGUCUGUCUGUCUGUCGGCGAGAGGCAGAGAGCGGGCGGCGAGCGCGCUGUGAGGGAGGGGAGGGAGUGAGGGGCUGGGACUGUGCUCUCUUCCUCUGCAGAAACAGCUCCCUGCCAACACAACGCGCUCAGAAUGGCUUUGAAGAGGAGGAGCAGCGGCGUUUGAACAUCUCCCCUCUUUUUUUUUUGCCUCGUCCUCCUGUUGUUAAUCUUAUAGUUGGUGGAUUUUAAAAAGACAUUUAACCCUCAGAGGUUUGUCCUGGAUGCUUUUGCUUUUUUUCCUUUCCCCCCCACCCCUCCUCUCGUUUCCCCCCUUCCUGUUCUUUUUUAUGGUUUAACAGCCAGAGGUGCUGUGCUAAAUUCUUGGAAGGGGCCCGGAUGUACUGAGGAUGCAUUGCAAUCUCACUAAAGGAGGCAGUAGUGGAAAGGAUCAGUUUUUGGUGUUUGAUGCAAUAAUGGGAAUCAGGUAAUAAUAAAAGGGGAAAAUCUGCAGCUCCAUUCUUCCUUGAAUUUUACCAAGCCGAUUUUUGGAGGGAUUAUUCUGGACUCGUUUUAAAUGGUCAAUGAAAACAAGAGGAUGUACAUUCCAGAAGAAAACCAUCAAGGUUCCAACUAUGGGAGUCCCCGUCCGGCUCAUGCCAACAUGAACGCCAAUGCAGCUGCAGGGCUCGCCCCGGAGCACAUCCCCACGCCGGGGGCAGCUCUGUCCUGGCAGGCUGCCAUCGAUGCUGCCAGGCAGGCCAAGCUGAUGGGCAGCGCUGGCAACGCCACCAUCUCCACGGCCAGCUCCACGCAGAGGAAGCGGCAGCAGUACGGCAAGCAGAAGAAGCAGGGCACCACCACAGCCACCCGCCCGCCCCGGGCACUGCUGUGCCUCACGCUGAAGAAUCCCAUCCGGAGGGCGUGCAUCAGCAUCGUCGAAUGGAAACCAUUUGAAAUAAUUAUUUUACUGACUAUUUUUGCCAAUUGUGUGGCCUUAGCUAUCUAUAUCCCCUUUCCAGAAGAUGAUUCCAAUGCCACCAAUUCCAAUCUGGAACGAGUGGAAUAUCUCUUUCUCAUAAUUUUUACAGUGGAAGCAUUUUUAAAAGUAAUAGCAUACGGACUUCUCUUUCACCCCAACGCUUACCUCCGCAAUGGCUGGAAUUUACUAGAUUUUAUAAUUGUGGUAGUAGGGCUUUUUAGUGCAAUUUUAGAACAAGCAACCAAAGCAGAUGGGGGGAAUUCAAUAGGAGGAAAAGGUGCCGGAUUCGAUGUUAAAGCACUGCGAGCUUUCCGAGUAUUACGUCCACUACGGCUGGUGUCUGGAGUUCCCAGUCUCCAGGUGGUUUUAAAUUCAAUUAUCAAGGCCAUGGUCCCUUUGUUGCAUAUUGCCCUGCUGGUGCUGUUUGUCAUUAUUAUCUACGCCAUCAUUGGACUGGAGUUAUUCAUGGGGAAGAUGCACAAGACCUGCUACCAUGUGCAAGGGGGACUGAUAGAUACACCUGCAGAAGAUGAUCCGUCCCCGUGUGCCCCCCAGUCUGCCCACGGGCGGCAGUGUCAGAACGGCACCGAGUGCAAGGCGGGCUGGGAGGGACCCAAGCAUGGCAUUACCAACUUUGACAAUUUUGCUUUUGCCAUGCUCACGGUGUUUCAGUGCAUCACCAUGGAGGGCUGGACAGAUGUGCUCUACUGGGUCAAUGAUGCCAUAGGAAGGGACUGGCCCUGGAUCUAUUUUGUUACACUAAUCAUCAUAGGGUCAUUUUUUGUACUUAACUUGGUUCUCGGUGUACUUAGCGGGGAGUUUUCCAAAGAAAGAGAAAAGGCCAAGGCUCGAGGCGAUUUCCAGAAGCUUCGGGAAAAGCAGCAGCUAGAGGAGGAUCUGAAGGGAUACUUAGACUGGAUAACUCAAGCAGAAGAUAUUGAUCCAGAAAAUGAAGAUGAAGGCAUGGAUGAGGAGAAGCCUCGAAACAUGAGCAUGCCCACCAGCGAGACCGAGUCCGUGAACACCGACAACGUCCCCGGAGCGGACAUGGAAGGCGAGAACUGCGGCGCGAGGCUGGCGCAUCGGAUCUCAAAAUCAAAAUUUAGUCGCUACUGGCGCCGAUGGAAUCGAUUCUGCCGAAGGAAGUGCCGUGCUGCUGUCAAGUCCAAUGUUUUCUAUUGGCUGGUGAUCUUCCUCGUGUUUCUCAACACCCUCACCAUUGCCUCUGAGCACUACAACCAGCCAGACUGGCUCACGGAGGUCCAAGACACUGCCAAUAAGGUGCUGCUAGCUCUUUUCACGGCAGAGAUGCUGCUGAAGAUGUACAGCCUUGGCCUCCAGGCCUACUUUGUGUCCCUCUUCAACCGCUUUGACUGUUUCAUCGUGUGUGGAGGCAUCCUGGAAACCAUCCUGGUGGAGACAAAGAUCAUGUCACCCCUGGGCAUUUCGGUCUUGAGAUGUGUGAGACUCCUCAGAAUAUUUAAAAUCACAAGAUAUUGGAACUCCCUGAGUAAUCUUGUGGCUUCACUCCUGAAUUCAGUCCGCUCCAUUGCCUCCCUGUUGCUGCUUCUCUUCCUCUUCAUCAUCAUCUUUUCCCUCCUGGGGAUGCAGCUCUUUGGGGGCAAGUUUAACUUUGAUGAGAUGCAGACCAGGAGGAGUACAUUUGACAACUUCCCUCAGUCCCUCCUGACUGUGUUUCAGAUCCUGACUGGGGAGGACUGGAAUUCGGUGAUGUAUGAUGGGAUCAUGGCUUAUGGCGGCCCCUCUUUUCCAGGAAUGUUGGUCUGUAUUUACUUCAUCAUCCUCUUCAUCUGUGGAAACUAUAUCCUGCUGAAUGUAUUUUUGGCCAUUGCUGUGGACAACCUUGCUGAUGCUGAGAGUUUAACAUCUGCACAGAAAGAGGAGGAAGAGGAAAAAGAAAGGAAAAAGCUAGCUAGGACUGCUAGUCCUGAAAAGAAACAGGAGAUGGAAAAAACAGCUGUGGAGGAAGAGACAAAGGAGGAGAAAAUUGAGCUGAAAUCGAUCACUGCUGAUGGAGAGUCCCCACCUGCUACCAAGAUCAACGUGGAUGAUUAUCAGCCCAAUGAAAAUGAAGAAAAGAGCCCUUAUCCCACAACAGAAGCACCAGCAGAGGAAGAUGAGGAGGAACCUGAGAUGCCUGUCGGCCCUCGACCUCGCCCGAUGUCUGAGCUGCACCUCAAGGAAAAGGCUGUGCCCAUGCCUGAUGCCAGUGCUUUUUUCAUCUUCAGUCCUAACAACAGGUUCCGUGUGCACUGCCACCGCAUCGUUAACGAUAACAUUUUCACCAACCUGAUCCUGUUUUUCAUCCUGCUCAGCAGCAUCUCCCUGGCAGCUGAGGACCCCGUGAGACACCUCUCCUUUAGGAACCAAAUCCUAGGCAAUGCAGACUAUGUCUUCACUAGUAUCUUUACAUUAGAAAUUAUUCUUAAGAUGACUGCCUACGGGGCUUUCCUCCACAAGGGCUCCUUCUGCAGGAACUACUUCAACAUCUUGGACCUGCUGGUGGUCAGCGUUUCUCUCAUCUCCUUUGGGAUCCAGUCCAGUGCCAUUAAUGUGGUGAAGAUCCUGCGUGUUCUGCGGGUCCUCAGGCCACUGAGGGCCAUCAACAGAGCCAAAGGACUGAAGCACGUGGUCCAGUGUGUGUUUGUUGCCAUCCGAACCAUCGGGAACAUUGUGAUUGUCACCACUUUGCUGCAGUUCAUGUUUGCCUGCAUUGGAGUUCAGCUGUUUAAGGGCAAGCUGUACAGCUGCACUGACAGCUCCAAGCAGACAGAAGCAGAAUGCAGAGGGUACUACAUCACCUACAAGGAUGGGGAGGUCAGCCAGCCCAUGAUACAGCCCCGCAGCUGGGAGAACAGCAAGUUCGACUUCGACAACGUCCUGACUGCCAUGAUGGCCCUCUUCACCGUCUCCACCUUCGAGGGCUGGCCAGAGUUGCUGUAUAGGUCCAUUGAUUCCCACAUGGAGGAUGUGGGACCCAUCUAUAAUCACAGGGUUGAGAUCUCCAUCUUCUUUAUUAUCUACAUCAUCAUCAUUGCUUUCUUCAUGAUGAACAUCUUCGUUGGUUUCGUCAUCGUCACAUUUCAGGAACAAGGAGAACAAGAGUACAAGAACUGUGAGCUGGACAAAAACCAGCGCCAGUGUGUAGAGUAUGCCCUGAAAGCCCGGCCUCUGCGGAGAUACAUCCCUAAAAACCAGUACCAGUACAAAGUUUGGUAUGUGGUCAACUCCACCUAUUUUGAAUACCUGAUGUUCGUUCUGAUCCUGCUGAACACCAUCUGCCUGGCCAUGCAACACUAUGGUCAGAGCUGCAUGUUCAAGGAAGCCAUGAACAUCCUCAACAUGCUCUUCACUGGGCUCUUCACUGUGGAGAUGGUCCUGAAGUUAAUUGCCUUCAAACCCAAGGGUUACUUUAGUGAUCCUUGGAAUGUUUUUGACUUCCUCAUCGUAAUUGGCAGCAUUAUAGACGUCAUUCUCAGUGAAACUAAUCACUAUUUCUGUGAUGCAUGGAAUACAUUUGACGCCUUGAUUGUUGUGGGUAGCAUUGUUGAUAUAGCAAUCACCGAGGUGAACCCAGCUGAACAUACCCAAUGCUCUUCCUCUAUGAACGCAGAGGAAAACUCUCGCAUCUCAAUCACCUUCUUCCGACUCUUCCGCGUGAUGCGCCUCGUGAAGCUCCUGAGCCGAGGGGAGGGCAUCCGGACCCUGCUGUGGACCUUCAUCAAGUCCUUCCAGGCUCUCCCCUACGUGGCUCUUUUGAUAGUGAUGUUGUUCUUCAUCUACGCUGUGAUUGGGAUGCAGGUGUUUGGUAAAAUUGCGCUGAACGACACCACCGAAAUCAACCGCAACAACAACUUCCAGACCUUCCCCCAGGCAGUGCUGCUGCUUUUCAGGUGUGCCACAGGUGAGGCCUGGCAGGAAAUCAUGCUGGCAUGUCUCCCUGACAAGAAGUGUGACCCGGAGUCGGAGCCGGCCAACUCCACGGAGGCCGAUCACUCGUGCGGCAGCAGCUUCGCCGUCUUCUACUUCAUCAGCUUCUACAUGCUCUGUGCCUUCCUGAUCAUCAAUCUUUUUGUAGCUGUUAUAAUGGAUAACUUCGAUUACCUGACACGGGACUGGUCCAUUUUAGGACCACACCACCUGGAUGAGUUUAAAAGGAUCUGGGCAGAGUAUGACCCUGAAGCUAAGGGACGGAUCAAGCACCUGGACGUGGUGACGCUGCUGCGGCGGAUCCAGCCCCCGCUGGGCUUCGGGAAGCUCUGCCCUCACCGGGUGGCUUGCAAACGCCUUGUCUCCAUGAAUAUGCCACUGAACAGCGAUGGGACCGUCAUGUUCAAUGCCACUCUCUUUGCACUGGUCAGAACAGCACUGAGGAUCAAGACAGAAGGUAACCUGGAGCAGGCCAACGAAGAGCUGAGAGCAAUAAUUAAGAAAAUCUGGAAGCGCACCAGUAUGAAGCUGCUGGACCAGGUGGUGCCUCCUGCAGGUGAUGAUGAGGUGACCGUGGGGAAGUUCUACGCCACUUUCCUGAUCCAGGAGUAUUUCAGGAAGUUCAAGAAGCGCAAGGAGCAGGGGCUGGUGGGGAAGCCCUCCCAGCGCAACGCGCUCUCCUUACAGGCUGGGCUGCGCACGCUGCACGACAUCGGGCCUGAGAUCCGACGAGCCAUUUCUGGAGACCUGACCGCUGAGGAGGAGCUGGACAAGGCCAUGAAGGAAGCUGUUUCUGCUGCCUCUGAAGAUGACAUCUUCCGGAGAGCUGGAGGCUUGUUUGGAAACCAUGUGAGCUACUACCAAAGCGAUGGCAGGAGUGGGUUCCCCCAGACGUUCACCACCCAGAGACCUUUGCACAUCAACAAGUCUGGCAACAACCACGGCGACACCGAGUCUCCAUCUCACGAGAAGCUGGUGGACUCCACCUUCACUCCCAGCAGCUACUCAUCCUCAGGCUCCAAUGCCAACAUCAACAACGCCAACAACACCGCCCUGUGUCGCUUCCCCAGCCCACCCAGCUACCCCAGCACUGUCAGCACGGUGGAAGGCCAUGGGACACCCCUGUCACCCACCAUAUGUGUGCAGGAGGCUCCCUGGAAGCUCCCCUCCAAAAGGACACAUUACUACGAGACACUGGCACGCUCCAGUUCCAGAGACAGCCAGCUGGCAAUUGUUUGCCAAGAGGAAGUGUCUCAGGAUGAGACUUAUGAUGAAAAUUUGAAUGAAGACAUUGAGUACUGUAGUGAACCAAGUCUGCUCUCUACCGAAAUGCUCGCAUACCAAGAUGAUGAAAACAGACAACUCACUCCACCAGAGCACAGCAAAGGAGAGGACACCAGGCCCUCUCCCAAGAAGGGGUUCCUGUGCUCCUCAGCUCUAGGUCGAAGAGCAUCUUUUCACUUAGAGUGUUUGAAAAGACAGAAAAACCAGGGUGUGGAUGUCUCACAGAAGACAGUCCUGCCUUUGCAUCUGGUCCAUCAUCAGGCGCUGGCAGUGGCCGGCCUGAGUCCCCUGCUGCAGCGAAGCCAUUCCCCCACCGCGUUCUCUCGGCUGUGCGCGACACCGCCGGCCACGCCCUGCAACCGGGGCUGGCCGCCACAGAGCAUCCCCACGCUGCGCCUCGACGGGGCGGACUCCUCGGAGAAGCUCAACAGCAGCUUGCCGUCCGUGCACUGCGGCUCCCGGUACCCCGAGAGCGGCGGCAGCCCCAGGAGAGCCCGGCCCGUGUCCCUGACCGUGCCCAGCCCCAGCGCGGGGAGCAGCCGGCAGCUCCACGGCAGCGCCAGCAGCCUGGUGGAAGCGGUCUUGAUUUCGGAAGGACUGAUGCAGUUUGCUCAAGAUCCAAAGUUCAUUGAGGUCACAACCCAGGAGCUCGCAGACGCCUGCGACAUGACGAUAGAAGAGAUGGAAAAUGCAGCAGACAACAUUCUCAAUGGUAACAGCAAGCAGAGCCCCAAUGGCAACCUCUUGCCUUUUGCUAACUGCAGGGACCCAGGGCAGGACAGUGCAGGAGAGGAAGAGGAAGAGGUGCAGAACCCGGAUUGUAGGAUAAGUCAGGAGGAGCUCAAGGACAGCAGGAUUUAUAUCAGCAGCCUGUAGUUGCCAGGGCUGGAAGCGAUGCUGGUUUUUUAUUUGUUUCAAUGUUCCUAAUGGGUUUGUUUCAGAAGUGCCUCACUGUUCUCGUGACCUGGAGUAACCGGAACAGCGUUCUUCAUUCAUUUCUGUUGGGACGAGUCGCAGAGUUGGGUGGUGUAAGAAAGCUUUUCAGGAGCGGAUUUAACCCCAGCACGUGUCCAUGAGGGAAGAGUGAGGAGGAGGAGGAGAAGAAGAGGAGGAGAGCCAGCUCCCUCUUUUUUUCAGUCCCUGCACAAGGAACGACAGCUGCCUCCGGAGCACGAAGGGGAACCUCAGCUUCCUGUGGAUCGCCCUAGCCAAAAGGACCCUGCGCCAAACGGGUGUCUUUCAACCUUGCUUGUAAAAAUCAUUUUGCACAUGUUCUGUAUGAGCCUCACCGUCUCCAUAAAGCCAAGGCCCUUUGAUUCGGAAGGAGAGGAAGACUUCUGCUGUGGAUUCCCACACGGCCACGGGGAGGAGGAAGCAGGAGAAGCCCGAGGCGCGGCCCAGCCCUGCCGAGACUCCGGCAGCGGCCCCUGCUGGCCAAUCAGAGCUCGGGCGGUCACUCGCCAGCCAAUCCGAGUUUAGGCGGUUUUCUGCUGGCCAAUCAGAGCUAGCGCGCCAACUGUGCCAGCCAACGGGAGAGCAGGCAUGGCGGCGGGGCUGAGAGGCCGCCAGGCCUGUGCAGAGUUCUUCUUGUUUCGCAGUUUGGUAUUUUCUUGAAAGCAUGUUGCAGUUUUUAUUUUGACUAUUUUAUUAUUAUUAUUAUUAUUAUUAUUUUGAGGGAGAAGGGAGUGUUUACAGCGUUUUGUAAUCACCUACCUUUUUUGUUUUGGUUUAUUUUCACCUUUGCAGAUGUUAAAUUGGUUUGAUCAUGUUGUAUUAUUAUUUAAACUGGGGUAAGGGUGAUUUCUCCAUUGGAAUUUGGUAGAAGUAUAAUGAUAGAUGAGUUUUGCCAACCAUUAUGUACACCGAGGAUUUGUAAUUUUAUUUACUAGCAACUGAAACCUUUUGUUGUUGUUGUUUUAUAAUUUAAAGAUAGUAGGCAAUGCACUUGAUAUAGUCUUGCACAUUUGAGUGAUUGAUUUGGGUUCUUUUUAGUGCUAAGUGUAUCUGUGAGUGUGGGAGCAAUGGGAGCGAGCGUGAGUGCAUGUGUGAGUGUGCGUGUGUGUAAGAGCAGUUCUCCACGUCCUGGUUGGAGCUGCAGGAGAUCUGUAUCUGGGGCCAUUCGAAUGCAAAAACAAACCACUGUCUCUGCUUUCGAAAAGGGAAUCAGUAACUUUGCAUUUUCUGUUCCACAAGAUAUGCAAAAACAAUGCAAUAAUAUUAAUUUUAAAAUAAAAUUGUAAGUUGUGUCGGCAUUAAAACUGUAUAGAAAAAGAAAAAAAAUUUACGGGGGUGGGGGGGAAACAGAAAAAGAAAAACAAACCAGAAGACGUUACGCUUCGAUAUAUUCCGUGUGAUGUUUUAUUGCAUUGAUAAUGUUUCUGUUGAAGAAACCGUUAUACUUGAAUUCAGGUCAGUUUCAGUAUUUUUCAAAUAUUUUUUUAAAAUGAAUUGCAAUUGUGCCAAGCAAAGAUAAUGAAUUGAAUUAAGUUUGUUUAAAAAAAAAAAGAAAAAAAAGAAUCACUUCUUGUAUAUUUUGCUGCAUGUCAAGUGAGUCAUUUCGUAUUUGGAAUGUGCCAAGCUUUACCUUUGAACUUUUAAGUGCUUUUUUACGUGUGGUUGGGGAAAGGGUACUACUUUAUUUUUUUUUUCCUUUUUUAAUUUGUACGAUGAACAAAGUGUACCUGGUGUAAGUAACUAUUCUGCAAUCCACUGACAGGUUGAACGUUACUGAUUUUGCAUAUCUUGUGUUCAUUUUCCUUCUUCCUCACUCCCUUUUAACGUGCACGAUGACUUUAUCAGUAGAGAAUCUUUCUUCCCAAGACUGGGACAUUUUAUUCAGGCUUUGUUUUCUUUCCUUUUGCUCAGUUCCUCUAAAGGUCUUGUCCUACUCAAGGGUGACAAGACCCCCAAAGCCCAUUUGGCAGAUCCAUCCUACACGUUCAGCUGGCACCAGCAAUUUAAGGAGAAGGGCAGAAAAAAAUCUGGCUUCAAAAUUAUUUUAUUAAAUAGCUAGACCCUGAUCAGUUUUAGCAGGAUCCUGGGAUAAGAAAGGCAAGAAUCAGGACAGUGGGCAAAGUAAAGUUAGCUAACCCUGGUCUGGGCUGAAAGCAGAGGGAGAGAGCUGUGGAUCUUUAUUAGGAGAAUUGCUGCAGGCUGGUCAAGAUGCAGGUGCCAAGUGACUUUUUGGUGUUCCUAUGCAUGGUCUCAAUCCUCUUCCCAGACUUUAGUGAAGGGUAUUAAGUCACAAAACAUCUGGCAGCACAGCAUGUCCCAGCCACAACUCCUGACUGGUAGGUGUGAAACUCUCACACUGACAGUUGGCCCUAACCCUGAGAGAGGCUGAAAAAACAGACAGGUACUGUUAGAUUUUAUGCAACUGGUUUUUGUCUAGACUACUGCUGGGUUUUUUCCCUCCUCAGGAUGAUUCACAAACUUGCAGAUCAGUUCUGAGGUGUGAUCUGACUCAGAGCUAAACUUUGAUUCAAAUCUUGAGCUUCUGCAGAUGUCCAAGAACACCCUUCACUGCAUACAUUGGUUACAUUAUUUUUGUGACGCUCUUGUUUUUCUUCUCGAUUCUCUGGGGCACAAAGGAGAAAUAGCAAAGGGUAUUUUUGCCUGUACUGCUUGAACUGGCCAGUAUCAGCUCAAGAUACCUUGGAAAAACCAAAUAUUAGAGAAAUAUGAAUCCAUUUGUACAAGGAUCUGUCAUCAAAGUCAUAAUUCAAGGCUUCCCUGGAGAAAGUGACCAGCUGGUGUGGGUCAGUCUCAUCCUUUCAUCCCUGGUGCUGUACAGAGAUGGGCACAGAUGUGUCUCCCUGUGAGUUUGCUGCUGCUGCUGAUGUGCUCCAAAGGUCUUGAAAGGGAAGAAUGCCCUUGCUGUUCCUGAAAAUGCUGUGUAAGGGCUCCCUAACUCAUUUUCUUUCACUGACCCUCCCAAUGGAAGACAGGGGUUCUUCGCUCCUGAAAAACAGUGCUUACCUAAAUCAGUGGUGACAAGGAACAUUUUGGAUGCUUGACAGCCCAUCUUUUAGAAUUUUUCUUGAUGGGAAGGACAAUGACAGGAAGGCCUGUGCCCCAGGCAGUGAAAGGUGUUGCUCCCUCGGGGGUCAGAGCCUAUGGCCAGGGAAACCCCGCUCUCUCCUGGAAGAUCCUGUAGGGGCUGCAGAGUGGGAAAUGUAUGGCUAGCAGAGAAUGCAAAUGACUUCUGCAGUUUGAGGGUAGGUGUUAAAUUUAGUAAUUGCUGGUGCCAGCUGUGCAAACUUCUCCUUCUGGGGAGGGUGGCUUUUUUUCUAUUUUUUUUUCAUUUGAGGUACUUCCAAAUGUGCACAUUGUGACAGGCCUGAGCAAAGAGCUGCUGCCUCCUGCGAGUGAGGCAGAGUCUGGGGGACAGUGGGAAGGAGGGGCAGGUUCAGCUCCUGGAGCGUUUCCCUGUGUCUGGGAGUGGAUGGUGGGUACAAUCCCUGUACUGUGGAUGGAAGCUUUGAAGGAACCGAUGGCUGAGAAGUGGCGUGGAAGGAAAGAAUGGGGAAAAUGAUCUGCUGUUUGCCUCUGAGCUUCUCUGACUCGCGAGAGGACACUGCAGACUAAAGACAUUUCUUAUAAAACAACAAACCUCCUCCCUGUAUCACUCCUGCUCAUUAGUCCAGACAGUACUGGGUCAGCCACAUCGGGUGCAUUUCUUUUUUUCUUCCCUAUUUCUGUGUGGCUGACGCGAUGGGAAAGCAAGUGGAACUCAUGAUCCAGAGCUGGAGUUUCGUUGUCCACAGACCUUUUGUGCAUCAUCUGCCUCUUCAGCUGGACAUGUGGACGAUGAUGGUGUGUAGAUGCUGCUGCUACUGCAGGGGUCCCGCCUGUUUUCUUGCCCUGCCCACCCCACCCCAGCACGGAGGGACAGCCAGAGAGGCGCCAUGUACAGAACCGCAUCUAUUUCUGCUUUGUUUUCUGACUCACAACCCUGCCCCAGUGACUACGACGACAACAACAACACAAAAAAAAAAAAAGGGCAAAUGCAUUUUUUACAUUUCUUGAUAAUUUCCAAAGCAAUGUAUCAUUGCUUUCUUUAGACUGACGCCAAUAUAACAGUUGUAUGGGUCUCA